AUGGUAAUGAAAAUUGCCACAGAAGAAGGUACCAAAUAUAGUCAGUCCCUGUCCAGAUCUUAUAUCUACAUAUACAUACGUAUUUUUAUUACUUCAAACGUUAUUUCCCUCGAGGGUUGCGAGUUCGUCUCCCUGUCUUUAUCUAUCUAUCUAUCUAUCUAUCUAUCUAUCUAUCUAUCUAUCUAUCUAUCUAUCUCACAUCAAUUCCAUUCAUAUCUAUUUAUUCCAUUCCUAUCUAUCUAUCUAUCUAUCUAUCUAUCUAAUUCUGUUAUGUCGUGGUCUACGUUGCGUAUUCUUUGCUUAUCUAUCUAUCUAUCUAUCUAUCUAUCUAUCUAUCUAUCUAUCUAUCUAUCUAUCCCAUAUCAAUUCCAUUCAUAUCUAUUUAUUCCAUUCAUAUCUAUUUAUUCCAUUCAUAUCUAUCUAUCUGUCCCAUAUCAAUUCCAUUCAUAUCUAUUUAUUCUAUUCCUAUCUUUCUUUCCUUCUAUAAAUCUAUCUAUCUAUCUAUCUAUCUAUCUAUCUAUCUAUCUAUCUAUCUAUGUGACACAACAGGAGUUGUAUUCCAAUGGAUUCAAAAUUUUGAAGGGGAUAUGA